UCUGAGCAAAACGGUAUAGAAUCUAGAACAAUUCCGACAAUUCCAUUCAUAAGGUUUACCAGUUUGACCUUAAUUACUACUCAGUGUUAAUGAAACGUGCCCACAGUGAAAGUAUUUUGCUUAGUAGGCGAAUUUGUCAGUUUUCUGAAAACAUUUCACCGUUUCGGCCAAAGGUUCACGUUCUAAAUUUCUUCGUAAUUUUUUUUAGCAUAAAAUAGAAAACAAAUGAUGCCCAACUUGUUGCUGGUGUCGUACUCGUUGUCGCUUCUGGGAAUGUUUCUGGGCUCGGUCUACGGCACGGUGGAUGCCUUUCAGCGCCACCGAGCGAGCGAUUUGCGAACCAUUGGAAGAGUUCGCCACAAUCGAAUGGCACUGAGAAAUGGUCCGACGCGGAAGUUUGGCAACAGCUAUCGUUCCAAGAUGUUCCGCCGGCGGUUGAUGAACGAGGUCAAUCGGAUCAACACCAAGCUGCGGAUUCGGGCUCCGAAGGAACGUUACCAGUUGUACUACGAUGCCGAAGGGAACAUCCGAGUGCAAUGUAAGACGAGUCAUGUGUAGAAUCAUGAGUUGGGUUUCCUCCGAAAUGCUUACCUGAAAUAGACAGAAACAAUAGAACGGUAUUAGAGUUGAUAUACA